AUGGUACUCGCCGAGUUGGGUGGGAAAUUGCGGGACUCUUUGCGCAAGUUACAGUCGGCUUCCACGCAGGGCGUCACGGAAAAGGAAGUCGAUGCGCUGUUGAGCGACGUUGCCCGGGCCCUCAUUGAAGCCGACGUCAACGUCAAACUGGUCAUGCAGUUGCGGGCGUCAAUCAAGGGCAAGGUGGAGGAUUUACUGGACGACGACGAUGAAAAACAACCAAACGUGCGGGCCCAACGCGAUUUGGCCAAAACGAUCCAACGUGCGGUCGUCGAUGAACUCGUCGCCCUCUUGUCGCCGACCUAUGCGCAAAAGGCCUACACGAUGCGCAAGGGAAAACCCAACGUCGUAUUAUUCGUCGGACUCCAGGGUGCCGGAAAGACUACUUCUAUUGCCAAAUUCGCGCAUUAUUAUCAACGUCGUGGGUGGAAGACGGCCAUGGUCUGUGCCGAUACUUUUCGCGCCGGCGCUUUUGAUCAGCUCAAACAAAACGCCACCAAACUGCGGGUUCCCUUCUACGGUUCCUACACGGAAGCAGAUCCGGUAGUGAUCGCCGAAGACGGAGUCAGACAGUUCGUCAAGGAUCGGUACGAAGUCAUCAUUGUCGAUACGUCCGGGCGACACAAGCAGGAGUCGGCCUUGUUUGACGAAAUGCAAGAAAUAUCGGAGGCGGUGCGCCCGGACAAUACCGUUCUUGUCAUGGACGCGACGCAAGGACAGGCGGUUUACGAUCAAGCAUUGGCUUUUCACAAUGCUGUGGAUGUAGGUGCCGUCAUCGUUACGAAACUGGAUGGCCACGCCAAAGGUGGCGGGGCCUUGUCGGCUGUCGCAGCCACGUCUUCUCCCAUUUUGUUUCUCGGAUCGGGAGAACAUUUUGACGACCUUGAUCCGUUUAACGCCCAGUCGUUUGUUUCCAAACUUUUGGGAUUUGGGGACGUGCGGGGAUUGAUGGAUGCCAUGAAAUCGGUGACGGAUUCAAAAACCCAGGAACAACUUAUGGAACGCAUGUCCAAGGGAGAAUUCACUUUGCGGAUGAUGUACCAGCAGUUUGAGAAAGUCAUGAGUAUGGGCCCUUUGAACAAACUGGUUGGAAUGAUGCCAGGUAUGCCAGAUUAUCUCGUACCGAAAGGGGGCGAUCAGCAAGCCACGGAUCGCUUGCGAAAAUUCAUGAUCAUGAUGGAUUCCAUGAACAAUGCCGAAUUGGAUGGAAAAAUUGAUAUGCAUGUAAAGGACGAUCCACAAAUUGAAUCGCGGAUUCGCCGGAUUGCCGCGGGCUCGGGGUCGCACCCCAACGAGGUGAAAAUGCUCCUCCUGGCACACAAGCAGUUCGAAGGAAUGGUCUCCAAAAUGGGAAAAUCUGGGCUCAUGGGCAAGGGCGCCCAGCAACGUCAAGCUCAGUUACAAGCGCAAAUGCGCAAAAAUCCUAACUUUAUCAAUCAACGCUUGAAUCAGAUGGAUCCACGCAUGUUGCAGCAAAUGGGAGGCCGUGAAAGUGUUAUGGCCAUGAUGCAGCAAAUGGCCAAGGGCGGA